GGACGUUCAAAACCAACUCAGCUGUUGCAGAUUAACAUCAAACACAAGUUGAACUUUGAAGGGGUCGAAGGCUAGAGUUUGUGAGAAUAUGGCAGCAAACCUUCCACAUGAAUUUAAUAAGUUUAACAAACACUGUAAAUAUUUGAAAUAUUUGUUGAAAGAAACGAGAAAAUCUCUUGAAGAAAUAGAAAAGACUGGAUAUUUCGAUAAUAAUCAAUUGCUUAGAGUAAAACUUUCAACUGAUGAUGAAGAGUUUGUUUGGAAGAUUACUGAACAACCUUUGGGGGUUGUUAUUCUUGGGCAGAACUGUUGGGCUAAAGCAUCUGUGGUGAAUGAACUGUUUGGACAGCCCCUUCUACCAAUGCUGUUUCCAGGACAAGACAAUGAGGAGAAGCUUCUUAGCUGGAGAAUGGUUCGCUUUUCCUAUGGUAGCCAGACACAGAUUACUCUGGCUUUAGCCAACAGCUAUGAACUUGUAGAUCACUUAGUUGACCAACCUUUGAAUACUGUUCCUAGAGCCAACCUUGAAGUGCAGGUGAGUAAACAUCAAAAUGAAGAUCCUGACCUGAGUGCAGUUGUGUUACAAAUCCAUCUUCGACAUGCUCUUUUACGAGAUGAUGUCCAAGUGGUAGUAUCUCCGUCCAACCACAACAAUCAAUUUAGCCAUGUAUAUCAAAAAUGUUGUGAAGGAUUGACCCCAAUCAUAAUUUACUGUUUCAAAGAAGACACAAUAACAGAACAAGAACUGGAUGACUUGAUUGCCCUAAGAAAGAUUGCACCAAAACAACCAGUGUUUUUUGUUUGCUCUCAACCCUUGCCAACAUGCGAGUUAACUGAAUCUGAACAGCAUGCCAGAAGUGCUUUGUCAUCUACUCGUUCACAGUUUUACCAGGAAUCUGAGCUUACUCCUUCAAAGAAAGGAUGUUCAGUAUUUCAGCAGCUCUGUGGAUUAGGUUACCUUUAUUCUGUGCCCAUACAGUCAAAACGGAAACGUCAGAAGUGGUGUAGUGAACCAUAUGAAGUGGAAAGUGAACUAGUAGUAAAUGUUGAAAAUUUUCCAAGCAUUCUCUUAUUUACCCGGCACAUGUUACAGUCAUUGCUUGCUAAAGUUUCUACAUUACUGAAUGAAUCCCACAACCGCUGUUUACGGAUGUUCAUCCUCACGGCGUUUGACAUGACUAGAGACAUGAUGAUGACACCAAAACGCCUGGAGUACAUUCGUCAGAGGGAAGCUGAACUUUAUACUUCUUUAUUGACCAUAGCAAAUAAAAAGCAAGAGGAGAUUCGCCAGCUUAUUGUGAGCACUGUUAUAGGAAUGAGGGAUGAACUGUUGGAGGAAGCAGCCAUCCACCAGUUUCAAGGGCUAUGUCUGUCAGAGAAAAGAGAGUCACUGUCGCUACGAGAGAUUCAGAUCUGCACAGUGGAGAUUCAGAACCUAGUUCUCAACAAACUAAACAGCUCAGUGGCUGCAAAGCUAAUUGGAUCCGUUGAUUGUCUCAGAGACAGUUUUGUAGGCACAUUAGAACGAUGUUUAUCAAGUCUGGAAAAAGCGUUUUGUGAAGAUGGCGAAUCAGCUCAAACAAGCAGUGCCCUCAAACAGACCCUCAAUGCUGCUUACCAGGUGAGACCUAAACAAAACAGUUUAAUAACUGUUUUAUCUUGUCAUUUCUUUCAGUUGGUUCAAACUCUUUUUUGGAAAACUCCUCCUGCAGUAGAUGUGGAUUGGAAGAGGAAGGUGGCAGCUGAUAUGCUGGACAGUCUCAGUGACACUCGUCUCGCACGUUCCAUCUGUGCCCAAUUUCGCGAUCGACUAAAAGCUUCACAUGAGCAGUUUCUGGUUUCUCUCCAACACCUAGAGUCUCUGCACUCGGGAAGACUUCAACAUACAGAAGAACAAAGGCUGAAGGUAAAGAAAAUGCAUGCUCCUAAACUUGCAAGAUAUGCAUUAGAAUCCACAUCACUGAGAGAUUUAAUACUCUAUGGUAUGCCUCAAAUAGGUAGAGAAAUUGGUCGAGGGCAGUACGGAGUUGUCUACGCUUCUGAGUCCUGGCAUGGAUUCGCACCAUGUGCAUUGAAGUCUGUAGUUCCUCCUGAUGAGAAACACUGGAAUGACUUGGCCAUGGAGUUCUUCUAUACAAGGAAUAUACCAGAACAUGAUCGCAUUGUUCAGAUUCGGGGUUCUGUGAUUGACUACUCUUAUGGUGGUGGAAACACUCCAGCUGUCUUGCUCAUCAUGGAAAGGUUACAACGAGACCUAUAUUCUGCUAUCAGGUCUGGGUUGGACAUAACAACGAGACUCCAGAUUGCAUUGGAUGUUGUACAAGGUAUAAGAUUUCUACAUAGUCAAGGUCUUGUACAUAGAGACAUUAAAUUGAAGAAUGUAUUGCUCGAUAAGAAGAAUAGAGCAAAGAUCACCGAUCUUGGAUUUUGUAAACCAGAGGCCAUGAUGUCUGGAAGCAUUGUUGGCACUCCAAUUCACAUGGCUCCAGAAUUAUUCACAGGUCACUAUGACAACAGUGUGGAUGUUUAUGCUUUUGGAAUUCUUUUCUGGUACCUACGUGCUGGUCACGUAAAACUUCCUUAUAUCUUUGAACAGUGUCAAACAAAAGAUCAACUAUGGAAAUGUGUUCGAAAAGGUGCUCGACCAGAAAGAUUGCCACAGUUUGACAACGAAAGUUGGCAACUCAUAGAAGAAUGCUGGUCAAGUGACCCCAUAAAGCGUCCUCUACUAGGUAAUGUUGAAUCAAGAUUGAUGGCUAUAAUGGAUUGUCAUCGCUCCACUUCAACAGCAAAUGGACACCAAGACAGUCACAGACGGUCAUUGUCAUACAGACGCAGACACGUAGCACGCAACUACUAUGCCAGAUGAGCCUCUAAACUAUUCUAUUUCUAGGUAACUGGUCUUCAUUGCUCAUUUACUGAACUAGUCCACGUACGGUUCAGAACAUCCACACAUUGGGUGUUAUCGGACUUUCGGAUGUUAAAUCCACUGAAGUAAAUUUUUUCUCAGGAUGGAUGGAAGCAAGACUGAGCUGAUGUAGCGUAACAAGAUUUAUAUUUUCUGCACAUUUGAAUCUGUGUCACUUUCUUUCCUUCACUUUGUGAAAUGGUGUUAAUUUUGAUAAAUAACAAUUUAUAAAACGUAAGAACUUUUGUUUUAAUUAAAUCUUUGAUUUUGUGAGAAUAUUCCAUUUUGAAAAGCUGGUUUACGCAAAGUCAAAUGAACUUAUGAUAAUUAAUUUUGAAUGUGCAAUAAAUAUCUCAUUCAACUACCUCGGUGAGUGAAAUAUCUUUGAAUUUUUCAUAUGAAAAACAAUUUUUUUUACUAUAGAAUUAAUUUUAAUUGGUUUUUAGUUAAACUAAAUAAAAUUGCUGUGUGUGAAUACGAUGUUUGAGUUGCUUAAAAAUGUGCUGAGCCAAUUAAACUUGUAAAGCAUUUCUACGUAAUAUUUGUAAAUUUGUAUAUUUCCACUCUUGACAUACCAAGAUAUGGGGAACAGUGUAUCUCUGGAUGUACAAGAAAUGGGGAACAGCGCAUCUCUGAAUGUACAAGAAGUGGGGAAGGAUAUAGAAGCCUUGUAUUUGGUUAAUGCCUAACUUAAGUUCACUAGAUCAAACGUGACGAUUGAAUUUAAUUCCUUUUUUUUCUGUUUUAUAUCAUUAAUGCUCCUUGAUGUUAUACACAAACUAUUCAGAAGAAAGUUUCAUGGAUGUACUUACGUUUCUACCUCUCUCUUAUUUUGUUGUUAUUAGUGAAAUUCAACACCUUUAUGUUGCUAUGAUACUAAAGUCAGUGGAGAGACGUUUUAAACAUUUUUAAUUUUGAUCUGUACACAUUUGUUUUAUAAAAAUAAUAGUUAGUUGAGUUGAUUUCAGACUAACUUGUAAAGGUUGUUCUACAAUGUUUUAUAUUAAAUCAAACAUCUAACAAUUUACCAGUAUCAAUAAUGAUACCGAUAUCUUCCAGUGCAUGUAUUUUUUAUA